AUGCUCGGCCUGCGGUCCGCGCUCCGGAGCACCGCGCGCGGCGCGGCCCUGGUGUCCCCGCCGCGGUCCCUGAGCACGCUGCCGUCGAGCUUCGAGGAGAUGGAGCGCCUCGACCCCGGCGGCGCCGCCUACGCGCGGUCCGUCAAGAAGCUCGGCAAGCUCCUCGGCGCCCAAAUGGUGCAGCACGGCGACGCCGCGCAGGUCGCCGUCGUCGAGCGCCUGCGGCACCAGGCGCGGCGCUGGCGCGACGCGCUCCACGCGGGCGCGGAGAACGAGGCCGCGGACCGCUUCGCGACCAUGGCCGCGGAGGUCGCGACGCUGAAACCGGCGGCCUUGAGAGACGUCGCGCGCGCGUUCGCGCACUUCCUCGCGCUGUCCAACGCCGCGGAGCAGGACCAGCGCGUGCGCCACCUCGCCACCCAGCGCCUCGGCGGCUCCGCGCUCUUCCCGGAGAAGCGCGACUCCUGCGCGGGCGUCGUCGCCGGCCUCUUAGACGAGGGCGUCGCGCCGGCGGCCGUCGUCGACGCGUUGCUCGCGCAGAAGACGGAGAUCGUGCUCACGGCGCACCCGACGGAGGUGCACCGGCGCACCCUCCUCGCGAAGCACCGCCGCGUCGCCGAGCUGCUCUGCCAGCUCGACGCGUUCCCGGCGGGGUCCUACGAGGUCGGGCAGCUGGAGACGGAGCUCCGCGGCGUCGUGUCGGCGCUGUGGGGCAGCGACGAGCUCCGCCGCGCGAAGCCGUCGCCCCAGAAGGAGGCGCGCGGGGGGCUCGCCGUCGUCGAGACGUCGCUCUGGGAGGCCGUGCCGGCGUUCCUCCGGAAGUUGGACGCGACGCUCGCGCAGCACGGCGGCGCCCUGCCGCUCGACGCGUCGCCCGUGGCUCUGGCGUCGUGGAUGGGCGGCGACCGCGACGGCAACCCGAACGUCGACGCCGCCGUGACGCGGUCCGUCGUCGCCGCGCAGCGCCGCAAGGGCGCGAGCCUGCUCAUCGUCGAGCUCGACGCGCUCCGCCUCGACCUCUCGGUGACGGGCGCGAGCGACGCCGUGGUCGCGCUCGCGAAGACCUUCGCGGGCGACGAGCCCGUCCGCGAGCCCUACAAGGCCGUCUGCGACGGCUUCAUCGGCCGCCUGCGCGCGACGAUCCGCUGGGCCGACGGCGCGCUCGACGAGGCCGAGUGGCCCACGGCGUCGCGGAAUUCCUUGGCGAGCCGCGUCGGCCGCACGGCCAAGGUCGACCCGCCGGCGACGGAGCCCCUCUUCGACGCGACGGAGCUCGCCGCGGCGCUCCGGGCCAUGCACGCGUCCCUCGAGGCCCAGGGCUACGGCGAGCUCGCGUCCGGGCGCCUCGUCGACGCGAUCCGCCGCGUGAACGCGUUCGGCCUCCAGCUCUGCCCGCUGGACGUGCGCCAGGAGUCGACGCGCCACGCCAACGCCGUCGACGCGCUCCGCGCCUUCGCCGGCGUCGGGGCCCGCGGGUCCUACGCGGCCCUCGACGACGACGCGAAGAUCGCGUGGCUCGCGGACGAGCUCGAGACGGGCCGCCCGCUGCUCCGCCGCGGCGACUUCGAGAAGCUCGUGGACGGCGACUUCGUCGAGGACGCCGUGGACCGCGACGUGCUCAAGACCUGCGCCUACGUCGCGGAGGCGCCGCCGGACACGUUCGGCGCGUACGUCAUCAGCCAGGCGACGUCGGCCGCGGACGUGCUCGCCGUCGAGCUCCUGCUCCACGAGGCCGGCGCGGCGAGCGACCGGUCCAACUGCACGCGCGUCGUGCCCCUCUUCGAGACCCUCGACGACCUCAACAACGGGCCCGCGUCGCUGCGGCGGCUCUUCUCGUCGCCGGGCUACCUGGACCGCUGCGGCCGCAAGCAGGAGAUCAUGGUGGGCUACUCCGACUCGGCCAAGGACGCGGGGCGCUUGGCGGCCUGGUGGGCCCAGUACGAGGGCCAGGAGAAGAUGCUCGCGGUCUGCGACGAGUUCGGCGUCGAGGCGACGUUCUUCCACGGCAAGGGCGGCACGGUGGGUCGCGGCGGCAACCCGGAGACGUACCGGGCCAUCCUCGCGCACCCGCCGAACACGAUCGACGGCCGCUUCCGGGUCACGGAGCAGGGCGAGAUGAUCGCCUUCAACUUCGGCGAGCCGCGCGUCGCGGAGCGGACGCUCGACAUCUUCUCCGCGGCCGUGCUCCGGGACAAGCUCGGCGACGCGUCGGACCGCGCGGUCAAGCCCGAGUGGCGCGCGACCAUGGCGAAGCUCUCGGAGACGUCCUGCGCGGCCUACCGGGCCCUGGUGCGCGAGGACGCGGAUUUCGUGCCCUACUUCCGGAAGGCGACGCCGGAGCUGGAGCUCGCGGCGUUAAACGUCGGCUCGCGGCCCGCGAAGCGGAACCCCAAGGGCGGCGUCGAGAGCCUGCGGGCCAUCCCCUGGAUCUUCGCCUGGACGCAGACGCGCCUGGGCCUGCCGGCCUGGCUCGGCAUCGGCGACGCCUUCGCGGCGGCCGACGGCGCGGAGCUUCGCGCCAUGUACGAGGAGUGGCCCUGGUUCAAGACGAACGUGGACCUCAUCGAGACGCUCCUCGCCAAGCUCGAGCCGGAGAUCGCCAAGCACUACGACGCCGUGCUCGUCGGCGGCGGCGAGCCGCGGCUCGCGGCGCUCGGCGACCGGCUGCGCGGCGCGCUCGCGAACACGACGGACGAGGUCCUCGCCGUGUCGGGCCGCGGCGCGCCCGCGGAGGGCAACGAGCUCCUCAUGCGCGCGCUCAAGCUCCGCAACCCCUACGUCGACGUCCUCAACGUGCUCCAGGUCGAGUGCCUCCGCCGCAUCCGCGCCGCGGACGACGGCGAGGCCAAGGACGACGACGCGCUCGACCUCGACGACGCGCUCCUCAUCUGCAUCAACGGCAUCGCCGCCGGCAUGCAGAACCCGCCCCGGGAGCCGCGGCGGCCGCCGUCGCCGGCGCCCCCGUCGCCGGCGGCGCCGCCGGCCCUGCGCGCCGAGGUCGGCGUCGCCGCGGCGGGCCCCGCGGGCGCGCUCGCCGUCGCGCGAGGCGGCGCGCGCUUCGUCGAGGUCCGCGCCGAGUCCGCGGGCGCGCUCGUCGCGUGCCUCGGCGCCGUGCGGGGCCUGGGCGUCAUGACGCACGUCCACCUGCGGCCCCGCGGCGGCUGGCGGCUGAGCGCGUGGGGCGCGGCGGCGCUCCGCGUCGACGUCGCGCUGGCGCGGCAGCACGGCGCGUCGACGGUCGUCGUCGGGCCGCUGGACGACUGCGGCUUCCUGGACCUGCCCCUCGUCGCCGAGCUCGCCGAGGCCGCGAGGCCCGCGCGCGUCGCCAUCUGCCGCGAGUCCUUCGACGCGUCGCCGGACCCGGCGCACGGCUUGCGCGCGCUGGCGAACGCGGGCGUCGACGCGGUCUACUCGUCGGGCGGCGCGGCCCGCGCGCGCGACGGCGCGGACGCGCUCCGAACCCUCGUCGCCGCGGGCAACGAGGCCCGCGUCGCCGUCAUGGUCUGCCGCGUCGCCGCGGACGACGUCCCGCCGCUCGUCGACGCGACGGGCGCGUUCUUCUUCGUCCUCGACGACGACGCCGAAGGGGGCGUGGCGGGUUGA